AAGAAGCGCCCGGCCCUUCCGGAGUGCUGUCUGGCCUAGGUAGGUGUCUAGCAUCUUCGGUACCAAAAAAUGUAGAACAUUCCCGUCGCAUCUGGGGCAAAUUUUAUACCUCAGACAUUUCUUCUGAAUAGGUUUUGUUCCAGGCCUAGUGUUAAGCUACCCUGUUAUGUUUAGCCUUCCAAUUUCGAGUAAAGUUUCCUCUCGGUAAACCACAAAACCCCGUUCUUUCGAACAUCCAGUAGGAGAGAAAACGACGUCCUGCCAUGAGGCAGAUACUGGUCGGCCAGUCGGUGAAAAUCCCCAAUGGGGUGACAGCUAAGGUGUCUUCACGAACAGUCACGGUGAGAGGAGCCAGGGGAAUCCUGAAGAGGUCCUUCAGACAUGUCCAUCUUCAUAUUCAUAUGCCCAGCAAGAAGGAAGUCAGAGUGGAAAAAUGGUUUGGAUCAAAGAAAGAAAUUGCUGCUGUCCGAACCAUUUGCUCCCACAUAGAAAACAUGAUCAAGGGAGUCACCAAGGGUUUCAGGUACAAGAUGAGAGCAGUCUAUGCCCAUUUUCCCAUCAACUGUGUCACUCUGGAGAAUGGAACUGUCCUUGAAAUUCGUAACUUCCUCGGUGAAAAGCAUAUUCGGAAAGUGAAUAUGGCCAAAGGAGUCAUCGUGAGGAAUUCCACAGAUCAGAAGGAUGAGCUCAUCCUUGAGGGCAACAGCAUUGAAGAUGUGUCACAAUCAGCUGCAAGAAUCCAGCAGUCCACAACUGUGAAGAAGAAGGACAUCCGAAAGUUUUUGGAUGGUCUCUAUGUUUCAGAGAAGUCCACAGUUGUGCAAGAUUGAAUGAAUCCCAGAAACAAUAAUUAAAAAAACUUCUGUGAGAA